CGAACGAAUUCGAUCGAUCGAGCCAUAGUCAUGUUUUGGAGGGAAUAAUCAAUCGGAUUUGGACAAUAUCAAGAGAGGAAGGACGGAAAUUCAAAACGGGCACUUCAUAUGACUGUCUUGUGCUGCGUAUGGCAGCCCCCGUUUCUGCUGCCGUCCAACCCAUCCUGUUCCACCUAACCCGACCAAUCGACACUCCGCGAUGCAUUCCUCCGAGAAUAGUCGACGGACUCAGCGCCGGCGGCCUGAUUUAAAUAUCAAUACCUCGGGUACUGCUAGCAGAGGACCUUCUACACCUCCCGCAAGGUCCAAGACAAAGCCCCCCGUUUCUAGUCGAGCGUAUCGAGUACAAGCCUCAACAUCUACGGCCUCGCAUGAUUCUGAAGAGUCCUUUCUGGAUAAUGGUUCUGAUGAAAGCCGAGGGAACGAUCACGAAUUACCUGACCUACCUCGAACUGGUAGGACUGUGAGAGACUCGCACGAUCUCUCCCUACCCGCGCGCCAGUUUACUCGUGAUUCUCUCGUUACCAACAUGUUAUCCUCUCUUGACCAAUUCUCUCUGGGGCAAAUUAAUACUCCUACGACUAAUAUGUUUGACGACGACGAUCCCCUUAGUCCACCGAGAGAUGACUACACAAGAUCUAUGACGAACACUUCCCGCCCAGCGCGUAUGUGGAGUUCGGGCGUUAACCACGGUCACGGAUACUCAUAUAGCUCAGACUUUGAAGGGACUGACGAUGGGGCAAGCAGGAUAUCCGGCCAAUUCUCGAGAGGGCGACGUAGUAACAGCAGCUCGGGUUUCCAGUCGAGUCUUGGCCGUAUUAACAGUAUGCGAGAACAAAGCCACCCCGGCGGAGCUGGAAGACACGCGAUGCAUUCUAGAGCGAGCAAGAGCAGUAGUACUAACAGUAUGGAUGCCGGCGGCUAUGCUCAAGUUCUGACUACCCAACGAUGGGCCCAUGGUAUUGGUAAUAGUGGAAGAUCGUCGAGUUUUGACUACGGGCAAAGGCCCUCCUUAAGUUCUCCAAGUGCGUGGAAGACCGAAUUUUCUAACACUUUUCUCGUUGACGAUUAUGAAGCAGCGCCUACGCCGACAAUACCUGUUGGUCCCCGGCGUCUGAAUAUGCCGUCGACUCCCGUCGGACCACCGCCUAUCCCCCCAUCAGAGCUCGAAUCGAAGACACCCGAUCGCAAGAAGCCCAACAACGCGAGAUCGAGAAGUGGUACCAUGAGGACAACUCAAUCUAAGUAUGCUCCGUCUUCGCGCGACGUACCUCCUCCGCUACCUUCGGCCGAUUUGGACUCUGCUCCUGCACCGCACGUCGGAUACGAAAAAUCGAAGGAACUUUUACAAGGCCCGCCCGCUCCAGCACCACAGGCUAAACAAGGAUUCUUUAGCAGAAUAUUUGGCUAUCGAAAUAGUACCAACAUUCCAGAGGCUAAACCAUCGCAGGUCGCGUCAACAACAGCAGAUACCAUUGAACAUGUUAAUUCACAAACAAAAGCACAAUCCACUCCGCCGUCGAGAGAUUCACAGCGUUCUUCGCAUCAGCCUCAUGUUAUCCAGAAGAAGUCGUCGUUUUUCAGAAGACGGAAGAAGUCCGUGGCAGAACCACCUUUACCGCCACCACCGAUCCCCUUACCGAUGGAAAUCAAUAGGAUCAAGGAACAAUCAGUUCCUAUGCGCGAUGCUAGUCCUGUUAGCAGCUUGCGUGAGAUCAUGAGUCCGUAUCUACAGGACACCACUCCUAACCUACCUCCCGGACUCUUAUCCCCGACGCAGGAGAACUCGCCGCGUGCCAGAGGCUAUGAAUCUCAGGACGAGGAAAAUACAACUCGCAGAUCUAGAGGAUUUUCUCCAGAUUAUGAACCCAGUCCGAAUGCUACUAUCCGGACUGUGAAGUCCACGUCGGCUUUGAGAAACCAGGAGUCUACUCGAAGACGGACGCAGAGAGAAAGCGUAAUGCGGGACCUACCUGAGCUGCCUACAAGUAGGCCAGUCGACGGUCGUGAUACCACAUUCUUCGACGAUAGUAGUGACGAAGGUGAAAAGACAUGGCCUGGUAAAAAGCACAAGCAACAGCAACAACGAAUUAGCAAGACCUUCCCAAUCAUCAAUGACUCAAGAAAUGAGUCUGACGGUGCAAGACUCCGGGAACAAAGGAUAUCAAGAGCUGAGAGCUCUUCUAAACGCGAACAAUCUCCCAACUUACUCCUUCAACCAACCCCUUCUGCUGACGAAGAAACUCCUAGAGUUACAGAAAGCCGCCACGGACCUAAGAGGAUGUCGACCUUCCCUGGCUCACUUAACAAGUCAGCGAACAGCUUACCUAGUGUCAAAGUGGAUACUGCAGAAGCCAGCCCCAAGAUUGUGGGCUCGCCUUUGGAUGAGCCCGAAGUAUCUGUAGGUGAGCCAACAGAGGAUGAUCGUUCAAAGGCGCAAAAGAUAUUCGAUGGAAAUGAAGAUUUCAUUCAGAAAGAGAAAGCAGCUGCUUGGAUGGGAGAAGAGGGGCUUGUGAGGCAACGAACCCUGAAGGCGUAUAUGGAACUAUACGAUUUUACGAAUCAAAGUGUUCUCACUGCUUUGCGACAAAUAUGCAGCCGUCUCGUCUUUCGGGCUGAAACCCAACAAGUUGAUCGAAUUUUGGUGGCAUUCUCAAGCCGAUGGUGUGAUUGCAACCCUAAUCAUGGUUUCAAGACUACUGACGUAAUCCACACGAUGUGUUACUCUAUCAUGCUUCUAAACACCGAUCUUCACCUAGCAGAUAUCGAUCAGAAGAUGACGAGAAGUCAAUUCGUCAAGAACACCAUGACAACUGUCAAGCACGCACUAGCAGACUCCGCCCCCGAAGCUUUUGACCGGGCUAGCAUCUUGCCCGGAAAGAAUAGCUUGCUCAGCCCCGCUGAUUCCGAGGUUAAUACGCCCUUGGAGCCGGAGCCGGAGCGACCUAACUGGAGAGCUUCCUUCAAACCACUUCCGCGAUCGGAAUCGUCCAUCGGUAACUACGCAGACUCUCCGGUCGACACUUGCGGCCCACUUGUCAAAGCUCCUUUUGAAGGUUCUACGAAAGCCUGGACGCAACAGAUGGAACUUGUAUUGAAGGAUAUAUACAACUCUAUUCGUGACGAACGUCUCCCCUUAUUUGGGGCUGAACCAAGUCAGCCACAAAGUCACUCACAAGGCAGUCUUUCAGUAAUGGGUAUGCUAAAACGUAGUCCGAGCGUCCUAUCGAAAGCUCCUUCCGAGGGCCACAUCUCUGUUCGUGGCAGGAUUAACGAUCCGGCUCGUAAUCCUGGAGCAAGAUGGACUUCAAAGAGCCGAUCAAGGCCAAGGUUUCCCGGCAACGGUAUCUCAUCAAGUCGUACUAGCUUUGAGGAUGGAAAUUCCAUCUGGAGCCCUACUACAUCAUCUGCUACUUGGAGCCGAUACUCAUUGGGUAGAACCCAAACUUCUAUGUCUAUGGACUCAUUCGGAUCAUACCCGAAUGGCGAUUACCAGCAAUCGAUCGGAUUUGCUAAUGCAUUGAGCCAAGCCAUAAUUCGCGAAGAUGUUCCGCCUGGUACUAGUGGUCAAUCCAUUAUGAGUGAAGAGAUAUCGGGUAACCAAUUACUUGAAGACGAAUCACUCGAGCUUGCGGGUCCACCGUGGAUUAAGGAAGGUAUUGUCAUUCAUAAGCAUCACCUCGACGGUAUGGAUAAGAAAGCUAAGGAGCGGAAUUGGACCGAGGUAUUUGCUGUUGUCCAGAAGGGAACCAUGAGUCUCUUUUCUUUCUCAAGCAAGUCUAUGCGCCAGAAAUCCCGUGCUGGCCGAAAACUUGCUCCCGGCGCCGUCGUCGGUGGUGGAAAUUGGCAGGAUAAUGCUACAAGUGUCGGAACAUUCUCGCUGCGGCAAACCCUCGCAUCAGCCCUUCCUCCACCGGGCUACUCCCGUAGUCGCCCACAUGUAUGGGCCCUUAGUCUGCCCACAGGUGCCGUGCACCUUUUCCAGGUUGGUACACCUGAUAUCAGCAAGGAAUUUGUCCUUGCUGUUAACUACUGGAGUGCCCGCUUGAGCACCCAUCCACUUGUUGGUGGCGUCAGCAACAUUGAAUAUGGCUGGAGUGAUGCCAUUAUCAACAACGCCUUAAUAACAGCCAUCAACGACUCACCACCACCCCCGCGCCCAGGCAGCGCAGCAGCUGGUCGCAGUAGUAUGCACAGCCGCCAAGGCAGCCUUCAGAGCAGCAUUCGUUCGUCAUUUGAUGUCGGUGGCGGUUCGCGAACAAAGCUGCCAGGAGACCGAAUUCACAUUGCUGAGUGGACGCCCCCAGCACAAUCGCUUCGGCCUAGCAAUUCCUCCGAAGCCGAACAAUUAGAUGUUCUAGAAACUUACGUCAAAUCCAUCGAGGAGGACCUAAAGAAGCACAAUCAAUUGCGAUCCCCUAUGCUUCUGGCGUUCACACCGCGCGGCCAUAACGCUGGCAGGGCUAUGGCGAACUGGGAGCGGAAGAGUAGUUAUCUACUGCGCGAGAUUGUCAAGUUUAGAACAUAUGUCGAUUGCUUGCAGCAUGCGAAGACCAGACGCGCAGAGAUCUACGGCGAGCGCGACAAUGCGCGUCGUGCUGCACGGGGUGAAGAUUUGAGUGAUGGUGAGAGCGUCCACGAUGCCGAGGACGCUGCUAUCGAGGCUGCGUGAAGGGUCGAAGAUAUCUACCAGACGUCAGAGAGCCAUACUAUUUCAUAUUAUUGAUCGCCGUUAUCGAAUUGUCAACAUUUUUUCAGAGGCGAGUCGAAGGUACACACCAAAAAAUACGGCGGGAAGGGUCUUUUCUCUUACUUUACUUUGUAUUGUAUCAUACUAAAGAUCCCGGGGGAUAACACGAUACCCAAACAGACAGUUCGGCGCGCUUGGCUCUUUAUUUUUCUAUGUCGCUAUUGCCAUUGCUAUUGCUACCAUCACCGCCGUUGCUAUAUAGCUACUUGCUAGUCCUAUCACGCUGUACAUAAAAAUAUCGUAUCAGAAAUUAAAGAUUUGUACCUAUCUAACUUCAAGUGCCUUGCUAAAAUGGAAG